AUGAAGAGAAUCUUCCUCAUUGAUUGUCCUGGUAUUGUUCCUCCUAAUGCCAAAGACACCGAGGCCGAUAUUCUGUUCCGAGGAGUGGUCCGAGUGGAACAUGUCUCGCAUCCCGAACAGUUCAUUCCCGUGCUACUAGAAAAGUGUAAACCACAGCAUCUGGAGCGAACGUACGAGGUUUCUGGCUGGAAAAAUGCCACUGAGUUCUUAGAACUGAUUGCCCGAAAACACGGACGUCUGUUGAAGGGAGGCGAACCUGACGAGUCGGGUGUGGCUAAACUGGUUCUCAACGAUUUCAACCGAGGCAAGAUCCCCUGGUUCGUACCUCCUCCUUUCGAUGACGACGAAGACAAAGACUCGAACGGUUUACAAGCACGAGCUGGUCGUCUGGGAGAAAUGCGGAAACGGUCCAAACGAACUGACGACGAUGACAGCCAACAAAAAGCCGAAUCCAAAAAGACAAAAACCGCUGCCAGCGACGAAGAGGCCGAGGAGUGGACCGGGCUCUCGCAAUAG